AUGGAAAUACCGAUUGUGUCAUACACAGUUUUAUUGUAACAAGAGUUGCCAACUUAUUAGGAGCCCGUUCUCAGUAAAGUUUAGUUUUAUCUUCACUUUCUAAAAUUUUCGUAGUAUGUAUCACGCCUUCUAGUGUUUGUAUAAUCAGUGCCAUAUUACAUGUCGCGCGAAAUAUGUAUUGUAAAUCAUGUAAAGUGAUUAUUUCUUAAAAUAAUGUGCAACAAUGGCUUUUAAAGUCGCGAUUUUCAUACUUUUGUGCCAUCAAUUCGAUAUUUCUUUAGGUAAUUAUUAUACGAAACCUCAUAUACUAUUAAAUGGAACCGAGGAUAUAAUAGAAGCUUACGACAAUUACACCGUAUUUUGUCAAGGAAAUAAACCUCUGAAAUGGACGCUACCUAAUGUAUCAUAUGAAGUAAAGAAAACGUUUGAUACAAAAUUCACUGUAGUCGAAGAAAAACCGACGAGCGCGAGUUUUCGUUACGGACUCCGUCUCUACAUCACCAACAUGACCUACCCUUACGUGGGUUUCUACCGGUGUCACUACGAAAACGCUCGAGACAUUUCCGAAAAGAACGAGGAAACCGAUCUAAUUUACUUAUACGUAAACGAUGAGGAUCAUCUGUCGGUGUUUGCCGACGAUAUUUUGAACGUGUUCGCCGUACAACAUCACACGGUUACCAUAGACUGCAGACCGACGUCUCCUACGGUGGAAGUGAAGCUUUCCUUAGCAGGAGAACCAUCAGCAGUAGAUAUUGGCGUUCUUAACGCAGCCGAUAACACGGUCUACAGAUACAAUCCGUUUUACGGGUUCAUAACUAAUAAUACCAUUGAGGCAGGAGAGCCCAUGUUUACCUGCGAAUACUCGAGAGAGAACAAGAGUCAGUCGCAUUUUAUUCAAUUAAAAGUGGAAACGCCGACGUCUUACAUACCAGCUCCUAUUAUAGUUGAUGAAAAUAGAGGGCAUACGAAUGUAGGUGAUAACCUUACAUUGAAAUGCUAUUUACAAUUUAUAAAUGCCGAGGUACUGUUUUCAUGGACGACACCAAAAGGGCCUGUUGAUUUUUCUCGAAUGAACAGUAAAAGUAAAGAAACGGAAUCAUUAUUGACCAUCUAUAACACCACUUUGGAGGACAAUGGCACAUAUAUUUGUCAUGUGAGGGAUCACCAAAACCACCACGUAUCCAAAAACAUCAGUAUUAAAAUAUUUGAUAAAGAAGAACAUAAUAUUACCAUUAGAGAACCGACGGGUACUUAUUAUUUACAAGCUAAAGCGGGCCAAGAAUCCGUAAUUUGGAGCGUUCAAGUAUGGGGACAUCCAGAACCUACUUACAUCUGGUUGAACAACAGAAACGAAUCCAUCGCCGAUGAAAUUGGGAAAAAAUACGAAGUUUCUCACUCACAACCUGGAGUCAUUACUUUGAAAAUAAAAAACAUCGACUUGAUCCAAGAUUACGGCUAUUACACGCUGAUCGGGCGGAACAAAUAUGUAGAAAAGAGCAAGACAUUUUUCUUGAAUAUUACCGAUAAACCAACGGUUAUAUUGCGCUCUGACCCUUUUCAUAUGAUUGGAAGUCCUGGAAAAGUGGAAUGCCUAGCAGCUGCUCAUCCGGUGCCUACUUUCGAAUGGCAAUAUAAAAAAUGUUUAAAACCAGAGUGUCCUUUUAAACCUCUUGAAAGCACCAUAAAUCCCCCAGAAGGCCUAACAAUUUCCUCUCAUGUGAUUAUAAACGCAACGGAAAUCGGAAUUGUUAAAUGUACAGCAACAAAUUCAGUCGGUUCUGAAACCGAGCAAAUGGACUAUGUUGUAACAGAUGUUCCCGAUGGAUUUUAUAUUUCCGGAUUCGACGACACAGUGGUAACGAAAAACAACAACCAAACGGCCAUUUACGCAGUAGGCGAAAAAAUAUACAUGUCUUGUAGCACUUCUAGUUACGAAUACAGCGAUAUCGACUGGCUGGUUGGCAACAAUUCCAUCAAAAACGAUGGCCGCCACAAAUCAAUAAAAACUUCGUCCCGCUUCUCGGAUAAUCUAACAUUGGAGAUGAGCGAUGUCCAGUACAACGACAGCGGAAUUUACCGUUGUCAAGUAACCAACAAAGCCGGUGGAAAAGUUUCGAAACACAUUGAGAUCUCUGUUAAAGAUCCUCUAAAAACUAGAAUAGUGAAAUCCAAUAUGAAGGGAGAGAUCUUUGAGGAUUUUCCUAAGAAAGUAUCACUACAUUGUUAUGUUGAAGGGAUACCUAAACCAAAAAUCCUUUGGUACAAAGAUGAUAAUGUUUUUAUACCGAAAGAGCCGCGCAUUUUCUUCGAAGACGACUUUCAAAAGUUAGUAUUCAACGAAACGAAAAUAAAGGAUCAAGGAAAAUACAAAUGUUCCGCCUUUUACAAACGCACAUCAGACUUCAGGGAAGUCAAGCUGAAAUUCAGAAAUGCUCCGGCAACGAUGCAACCGUGGUUGUACUACAUCAUAGCGAUACUCUUUCUCGCCUUGGUAGCUUUGGGAAUUUACCUGUUCAUCAGGGUUAGAACAGAAAGGCGAUUGAAGCGUGAAAUGAGGCUACUGGGUUUAGCCAAUUUCGAAAAGGGAGCCGUAGAAAACAUCAACCCCGAAUUAGGAAUCGACGAUCAGGCGGAGCUCCUUCCUUACGACAAAAAAUGGGAGUUUCCCAUCGAUCAGUUGAAGUUAGGUAAACAAUUAGGAUCCGGUGCAUUUGGAGUGGUGUUGAAAGGAGAAGCAAAGAACAUCGUAGACACUGAACCAGUUACGACAGUAGCAGUGAAAAUGGUGAAAAAGAACGCCGAUAACACUUACAUAAAGGCUUUGGCGUCGGAAUUAAAAAUAAUGGUGCACCUUGGGAAACAUUUAAACGUUGUUAAUUUACUGGGAGCCUGUACUAAAAAUGUGGCCAAAAGAGAAUUAUUAGUUAUAGUCGAAUAUUGUCGAUUCGGUAAUCUUCAAAAUUACCUUCUGAGGCAACGCGAACAUUUCAUAAACCAAAUCGAUCCUCACACCGGUAAAAUCAAUUACCUUAUAGGCCAAGAAGAGUUAAUGGACAGGACCUAUUCUGUUUCUAGUAACAGAAGUCAUACUCAAUCUCCUAUGCUGAAGUACGCGGCGUUGAUGUUUUCUCCUGAGAACAGCGAGAAUUCAGUUCUUCCACCGCCCAACGCAAUGGGAGAUUACAGAACAAAUAAUCUCGUUACCGGGAAUACUGAUGUUACCACCUUAACACAAGGCGAAGAUGGCGUGGUGCUAAGCAACAAUAGUAUUCAACCGGAAUGGAGGUCGAACUAUAAAGGGGAUUAUAAAGGAAAAGUCAAUCCCAUAAGCACCAAAGAUCUCAUUGCAUGGGCGUUCCAAAUAGCCAGGGGCAUGGAAUAUCUCGCAUCCAGAAAGGUACUUCACGGCGAUCUGGCUGCGCGGAACGUCCUUCUAAGCGAGGAAAACGUGGUGAAAAUUUGCGAUUUCGGCCUGGCCAAGAGCAUGUACAAAAACGACAAUUACAAGAAACGCGGUGAUUGCCCGCUGCCCAUCAAGUGGAUGGCCAUCGAGUCUAUCAGAGAUAGAGUAUUUUCGACUCAAAGCGACGUCUGGUCCUUCGGCAUAGUCCUGUGGGAGCUCUUCUCCUUGGGCAGGACUCCCUAUCCCGGAAUGGAGGCGGACGAAAGGCUCUAUCACAAGUUGGUGGACGGUUAUAGAUUGGAAUCUCCGCAAUACGCGCCUAACGAUAUGUACGACAUAAUGACAAAAUGUUGGUCUGUUAAACCCACCACAAGACCUUCCUUUACUAAGUUAACCGAAAAAAUCGGUACUCUGCUCGAGGAUACCUUAAGAAAGCAUUACAUCGACCUGAACGACCCGUACCUGGCCAUGAACACGAAAAUGCUGGAGACCACAAACGACUAUUUGUCGAUGUUAAGCCCGCCAAGUUACGAAGCCGUGCUGAGUCCCCAUUACGUCAACGGCAUGGUGACACCUCAAUCCGUCGAAGAGGGAUACAUGAGCAUGAAUUCCAGCGCUAUAUUCAGCCCGCGUUUAUCCAACGAGGAGGUUUUCGACUUCGCGUCGUCGGGCAACAGGAGGCUGACCAGCGAGUACGGAAGCGGCCACGAGCUGUUGCCGAUGCUGCAGGGCAAGGCCGACGGGGACGCCGCGACGCCGGCGGCGUCGCCCAACGCCGUGUCCAAUCCGAGCUACCACAUACCGCCGGCGAUAGAGGGCGGCGCCGUCGAGGAGACCGGCGCGGAAAUCGUGAAGUCGGCCGAUAAUUACGUGAACAUGCCGCAGAACAAGAACUUGCUCAAAGACAGCAAGCUGGCGUUGUCGGAUUGUAAGAAAAGUGACGUGCAUUACGUGAAUGAAAUCAGGAACGAUGGGGACGCUGUUCAGGUUUAGAGGUUUUGGCUGAUUCCGGUAGAGUAAUAAAUUGUCUUUAGCACGCGGUUCUAUAUGCAGGUCUGGGAACUCCGGUGAAAGGGGUGUCGCGUUAUUUGAAGCGAAAGUACGUAGUUCCUUAAACGACCGGUAGGCGGUGAUGUUGGAAAGGAUAUUAUUUUUCUGUAUAAUCUCUUAUACCUACGCAGAUAUCCCAAGAUUCACCCAAGUGAACUAUUUCGAACGUCUUCGUUUAGCGGGACAUCCCCUGCACCGCAAAAAUUGGGCUAGUUUCCAGACUUCUAUGUAAGACUGUGGUUAUUAGAGCCGUUUGAAAGCGGUAAAAUUGUCCCAUUCACUGCACCCUGAAGCAAGUACCAAAAUAGUUUAGAUAUAAUUAUAGUAAACUCCUACAGAAUUGCAAGUAGGUUAUUUUACUGAUUACUUUUAUACAAUUGAUGUUAAUUGAUAAUGAAUGAACGAAUGAGAAGUGUUGAAAGAAUGUACAAAAAUUAUCUAAUACUUUUUUAUUGAUGAGUUACUUAUUAAAUUAGUCUUGAAAUGAUUAUAGUACUUGUUAUUUUCUAAUGUAAUUGAUAAAUGAAGAAAGAUAAAUGAGACAGAAAAAUACUUAUUUAUUUUCUAUUUUUCUACAAAUGUAAAUAUAAAUAUACGUUAUAUGCAUUUAAAUUUUACUUAUUUUGAA